CCCAACUUCCUGUGCGCCAUGUUUUUAUUUUGACAAAAGAUGGGAAUGACAGAACUUUGUUUACCUCUUUUGAUUUAUCUUCGCCAUAAAAUGCCAUAAUGUUUCCCAUAACACCAGGUAUAGCCAGCUUAGUCACCCAGCAACUGAAUGUGGCAAGCAAUGGUAUGUGUGGUGUCCAGAUGCCAAAUGGACUGUCAUCAGACUUACGCUCCACGCCUCUCUCAUUUGGACCAUUCACCACUGUUCCUCCACCUGAACUUUUUCAUGCAGCUCCACCCCACCCUGCUGAUCAGCCCCCACCUCCACCCCCACCAUCCAAUGGCAAUGCGGGAGAGUUUGUCUGCCCACUCAGGCCAGACCAUGGCCGCGAGGGAAAACCCAUUGCUCUCCGGGCAAACCAUUUCCAUGUAAACAUCCCAAAGGGCUUCAUUCACCACUACAAUGUAGCAAUCACACCUGAAAAAUGUCCCAGAAGAGUCAACAGAGAGAUAGUGGAGACAAUGGUAAAUGCCUAUACUCCAAGAAUCUUCUCUGGCCAAAAACCUGUCUUUGAUGGUAGAGAGAAAAUGUACAGCAGAGAGCCACUGCCAUUUGGCAAGGACAAGGUUGAGCUGGAGGUAACCCUGCCAGGAGAAGGGCGUGACAGAAUAUUUAAAGUUGCCAUUAAAUGGGUGUCACAGAUAAGUCUGUACGCCUUGGAGGAGGCACUAGAGGGUCGGGCACGCAGGAUUCCAGAGAGUGCUGUGGAGGCUCUAGAUGUCAUCAUGAGGCACCUGCCCAGCAUGAUGUACACCCCAGUAGGGCGGUCGUUCUUCUCCCCUCCAGAAGACUAUGAUUAUCCUUUGGGAGGGGGAAGAGAGGUGUGGUUUGGCUUCCAUCAGAGUGUUCGUCCCUCUCACUGGAAGAUGAUGCUAAAUAUUGAUGUGUCAGCUACAGCUUUUUAUAAAGCUCAGUCUGUCAUUGAUUUUAUGUGUGAGAUCCUGGAACUGAAAGAUGCAAAUGAACAGAGGAGACCACUUACUGAUUCUCAGAGAGUCAAAUUCACCAAGGAAAUCAGAAAUUUAAAGGUAGAAAUCACACACUGUGGAACCAUGAGGAGAAAGUAUCGAGUUUGUAAUGUUACCCGCCGCCCUGCUCAAACUCAGUCAUUUCCCCUCCAGUUGGAUUCAGGACAGACAGUUGACUGUACGGUCGCCAGAUACUUCCUGGAGAGGUACAAGAUGAAAUUACUACAUCCACAUUUGCCAUGUCUACAGGUGGGACAGGAGCAUAAACACACAUAUCUUCCAUUAGAGGUUUGUAAUGUUGUUGGAGGCCAGAGAUGUAUAAAGAAAUUGACCGAUCUCCAGACAUCUACCAUGAUCAGGGCAACAGCAAAGAAUGCACCAGACAGGGAGAAAGAAAUCAAUACUUUGGUCAAAAAGGCUAACUACAAUGCUGAUCCCCAUCUGAGGACGUUUGGAAUCACUGUCAACCCCCAAAUGAUGGAUCUUCAUGGACGAGUCCUGUCACAUCCUAAACUACAAUAUGGGGGAGCGACUAAAGCUCAAGCUCUGCCAAACCAAGGUGUAUGGGACAUGAGAGGAAAGCAGUUUUACUAUGGAAUAGAAGUACGAGUUUGGGCCAUUGCCUGCUUUGCUCCACAGAGGAGUGUUAGAGAAGAUGCACUAAGGAAUUUUACUCAGCAGUUACAGAAGAUUUCUACAGAUGCAGGCAUGCCUAUCUUGGGUCAGCCCUGUUUCUGUAAGUAUGCCACCGGUCCUGACCAGGUAGAACCAAUGUUCAGGUACCUGAAGAACACGUACGCAGGGCUACAGCUGAUUGUGGUCGUAUUACCUGGCAGAACACCAGUCUAUGCUGAAGUGAAGAGAGUUGGUGACAUCCUGUUUGGCUUAGCAACACAGUGCGUGCAAUCUAAAAAUGUCAACAAGACUUCUCCACAGACACUGUCUAACCUCUGUCUAAAAAUCAAUGUUAAACUUGGAGGCAUUAACAACAUCCUACUGCCAAGUAGCAGACCCCUUGUGUUUCGAGAACCAGUUAUUUUCCUUGGGGCUGAUGUGACACACCCUCCUGCUGGGGACACAAGCAAGCCCUCCAUAGCAGCUGUGGUGGGUAGUAUGGAUGCCCAUCCCAGUCGUUACUCAGCUACCGUAAGGGUUCAGGAACAUCGUAAGGAAGUGAUAGAGGAGUUCUGCUCUAUGGUUCGUGAACUUUUAAUCUCCUUCUACAAGUCCACACAAUUCAAACCGACCCGCAUCAUCAUCUACAGGGAUGGUGUCAGUGAGGGACAGUUCCAGAAGGUGCUUGCCCAUGAACUAAGAGCAGUAAGGGAGGCUUGUAUGAAGCUGGAGAUCGGAUACCAGCCUGGGAUAACAUUUAUUGCUGUCCAGAAGCGGCAUCAUACUCGCCUGUUUUGUGCCGACAGGAAGGACCAGAUAGGGCGCAGUGGAAAUAUCCCAGCAGGAACAACUGUGGAUGUGGGAAUAACACACCCCACUGAGUUUGAUUUCUACCUAUGCAGUCAUGCUGGAAUUCAGGGCACAAGUCGGCCCUCUCAUUACCAUGUGUUGUGGGAUGACAAUUGUUUUAAAGCGGACGAGCUUCAACAAUUGACAUAUCAGCUGUGUCACACAUAUGUACGAUGUACACGUAGCGUAUCAAUCCCAGCUCCAGCUUACUAUGCCCAUUUAGUAGCAUUCAGAGCGCGUUAUCAUCUGGUGGAGAAGGAACACGACAGUGGGGAAGGAAGCCGUCAUUCAGAUGAAAUGGAAAGAACACCCUCUGCCAUGGCUCGAGCAAUUGCAGUUCAUCCAGACACUGUUAAGGUCAUGUACUUUGCCUAAGUCAAGAACACUACCAGAAUAAAGACAGAGCUUGUCAAAAGUUCACCAGAAAUGAUACCUGAUAGAAACCAGCUCAGUGAAACCUUGGAAAGUGCUAGUACUGAAGAUUCUAGUCAUUGGCCACCAAUGUACUACACACUGUCUAUUUUUUUUUUCUUUCAUAUUUUUCAGUGUAUUUUUGAAACCUUCUGUUUAACUAUUUUUUUUUUUAUCAGAUGAACUGGUAUUUUUUUUUUUUUUUUUUUUUUUGGUGAAUAAAAAAUACCAGAUUUUUUUUCUGUCCAGUAUAGUGCUAAUUUCCCCCAAAUUUUUUUUUCUCACAAUAUUUUGUAGAUUUAUUUGAUAGAAAUAUAUGCAUGUACGUGUUUUUAGUUUUCACAAUUGAUGUCUGUUUUGACACUAAAUAUUUCAUAUGGGUCAGUCCUAUGAUUUUUAAUGUUCUGAACAAUUUGGCGAUAAGUCUUUGAGAUCAAUGGAGAGAUCAGCUGAACAUAAUAUGAUUAAAAUGAGAUGCAUAACUUUGCAAUAAAGCAUGAAAAUGUCAUAAAAGAGGUGAUGGGAUUGUUCAGUCUGUACAUUUGUGGUUUAUAUAUUGUUUGUUUACUUUUUUUUUGUUCAGUAGAGUCAUUCAUAUUUUUCCAUCUUGUUAGCAGAAUCUCAUAAUUCUAAGCAAAUACUGUAGAAGUACUUUUUUCCUCAUGGUAUUAAUUUACGCUAUGUAUGCUGUCAAAAUUUUCCGUGGAAAUUUGUCCUAGCGUACUUAAAGUAUAUUUGAGGCAUAUAGUUGCAAUCUAAGAAAUGAGCAUAAUCUUCUACCAGUGGAUUGAAAAGAAAUUUUGAUUCCGUGGAAUUUUGACCCAAUGGAAAAAAUUAUUUUUACAGUAACCAAUUACCAAAAAUAAAAUAUCAAAAAUUUAUUACAAUUGCAAACUGUAAAAAGGAAAAAUUACCUUUGAUAUACGUAUAUUGAAUCCCAACUUCAGUUGAAUUUUUAAUUUAGAAUGAAAAAAUGUUGCAUAUAUUUGAUUAAAUCAGUUCCUAUUUAACAUACAUGUUCCAUGCUGUGCUAUGAUUUUGUAUUUUCAUAUCAUGUUUUCAUGUUUAUAUUGUCAAUUAAGCCGGGAAAAUCAUUGUUAUAUUUAGACAUUUUAUGACUUUCUCUAUUGAGACCAAACAUUACAUUUCACCAGUGUUUGAUGUGCAUUACAAUUUUUGUUUUCAACUUCUCAAGUACAAUUGCAGAUUCAUUAAUAACCAUUUUAUCUUGGAAUGUUGCUUUUUUAAAGAAUUUUAAUUCUUUACAGUACUUUUUCAUGAAUCUUGUUAAUAUACACUUUUUAAACUUUAUUACUUUGUUAGUGCUCAGUGCUUUCAGAAUUGAACAUAAAAUGACAGAGUGAAAAAACAUGAAUAUUUUGUAAACUUUAAGAUGAAUGUUAAUAUUGGUUCUAGAGGUAUUUUAAAUGUUCUAGUCCUUAAAAAUCUCUGAAAAAUAACAUAAGCUUAAUAUGUUGUAUGCAAUAAAAUACUGCAUAAAUAGUACAUUGUGGUGUGCUAUUCCCCAACAUUUGUCUCUAACCAUGUCAAAGAGUACUCAAUCGUUAUCACCCACAAAGCAAUGAAAUGGCUGUGUAAAAAAGAUUAAUAAUUAUAUAUAUUGUGUCUGUAAUCGGUGUGUUCUACCCUUUAUACAUGUGUUUGUACAACACUUCUUUUUUUCCGUUUUGUUAGGACAGUAUAUUUUGUUAUAGAAAAAAAAUGUAAAAAAUACUGUAAUCUGGUGCAAAUAUAUGAUAUAUGAUACCAUGUAAACAUAAUAUUAAUAAUAGUAGUAAUAAGUAGUAGGAAGAUAAUAAUAGAAUGGUUUAACUAAUUGCUGUAAAUGUGGAAAGAGAAAAAUACCAUCGAAAGCUAUAAUUUUUACAUAAAUGAUAAACAGCUAUAUUUUCCGCAUUUGCAGCACUUUAAGUAGCAAUAGGUAUGUACAUGUAUAAUUAUUGCAUGAUUUUCUUGAUCUUGUGUUUUAUUCUGAUUUAUGACAACAAAUAGUAUUGGUCUGAAGUUUCAUCAACUAUGUGGGCAGCUAAUGGUCAGAUAAAGAAUCAAGUACAAAGUGUUAUUUUGGAAGGGGUUUCAUAGUUUGUCCCAGCGUGAAAACAUGGUUCUCAUACAGAUCACUUUACAGUCUAGACAAGGCCUAUUACUGUAAUAGAAGGUUGUAAACAAACAUUAUGAUAUAUAUUUACACUAAUACAAUUUUCAAUUCCUUGUAUUCGGUGUAUUAUUAAAAAAAAAUCAAGAGAAUAUAAAUUAUACACAAGAAAUAUUGGUACAUGACAAGGAUGCUGGGAUAAAUUAUGAAUGUUUAACAUUUUUGUCAUUACAGAGUGUUCUUUUUAAGUAAAAAAUGCAACAUUGAAUCCAUUGAAUAGUUUAUCAUUUUUAACAAAACUUUACUAAAGCACAACUUUAUUCAUAUCCAAUAUACAGUAUAUAUAAAAUAUGUUGUCAUUUAUCUGUUAAAUAUUUGUUUUUUAUCUGUUAUAAUUGUAGGUUUACAGCUUAAAUUUAACAAAAUAAAAUAUUUGUCUUUUAAA